CUCAGCUGAGAAAAUCAUUGAUGGCAAAGAGGCCAUACCGCACAGCCAACCCUACAUGGCCUCCUUGGAGAUUAAAAGAGGUGAGAACUUUUACAGCUGUGGAGGCUUCAUCAUUCAUCGAAAAUUCAUCCUGUCAGCCGCCCACUGCAGUGGAGAGAAUAUCACUGCACUUCUUGGAGCUCAUAAUCGCAUUGAAAGAGAGAAGUCCUGGCAGGUGAUUCCAAUACAGAAAAUCAUUCUUCAUGAAAAAUAUAAUAAUAAGAUAUUAGAAAAUGACAUCAUGCUUCUCAAGCUGCAGCACAGAGCCAUAUGGACAAGGGAGGUGCAACGCAUCAAGAUUCCAAAGACAGCUGUGGACGUCCGUCCCAACACCAGAUGCUCUGUGGUAGGAUGGGGCAAAACAAACUCCAAUGGGAAUGGCAGCGAUGUGCUGAGAGAAGUAGAAGUCAAGGUUCAAGACGUUUUCAACUGCAAGGCCGCAAGAAAUUUGAACUUAACAGCCACAGCAAUCUGUGCACGAGGCACCGGCAUUAAAGGGACUUGUAAAGGUGACUCCGGAGGUCCAUUGGUCUGUCCAGUCAAUGGAGCCUGUCCGCCAAAAGCUGUGGGGAUUGUAUCAUUUACCUAUUCUAAUGAAAUUAAUAGGUGUGAAGACCCUAACCGCAAUAAUGUGUACGUGAAAGUGUCUGCCUACCUGGAGUGGAUUGGAAGGAAUAUCAAGGCCAACCCAUGAUGGUGAUGACACCACACUGAAGUAAGCCAGCUGAGCUCCUCAGCAGAGAUCUCCCCCCUACAGUUACCAUGCCACUCACAUCCACAAUGUGCCAGCCUGCAUUAGAGAAAGGAGAGCACACAAUGACUUAGUCAGCAUCCUGCAGUAAUGCCUUCUAGCAAAUGUAACUGCCUGCCAGCUUGCAUAAAUAAAGCUUUCUGUCUAAGCAGAUGAGCCUCUGGUUUAUGAGUUCAGCCUCAACUUCUUUAAGAAUAUGCAACUCAAUAGAAUUAAACUUUACGUG